AUGUUCACGACUUUUUCCUCAGACGUCGUGGAGUUCCAAUCAACAUUCAAAUACGAUCAAACGGUUGAUUUGCUCUCGCGCAGCGUUUUGACUGAUCCGCCGGCGGAGAAAUGCGACGCCUUCACCAACACCAUCUCACCAAGGAGUGUCUCCAUCCAGACAGAGUCUCCAGUCACGGGGAUUGUGCAGCUAAAGGAUGGGAAUGAGAAGAAAUUGGCGCAGUGGCUGCAGAAAAUCCUGCCACUGGUUGAAGAGGAGCUCAGAAUGGGAAUGUCACCGUGUCUUCAAACGUUUUCAAGCAGAGAAUCUCAAUCACCAGCGAAGAUAAGCUUCCUGGAGUGUCUCAAUGUCAAGAUUCCCGAUGUGGCGAGUGGGAAAUUAGUCAGAGGUGCAGCCACGUGGCUCUCUCUGGCCACCGGAGGCGCUCCAUCUCUCGCUCUGGCUUGUACUACGGUCCACGAAUCCUGGUGUGAACACAACACGCCAAGUGUCAUUCUCUACGUCCCCAAACGAACAGACUCUCAGGGAAUUGGCGGUGUUAACUACACAGAAUCUCAGACAAUUCCCGUCAAGUCUUGCAUUCAAAUCCUGUCCACAAACUCUCACAACAGAGACAUCUUCGCAGGCGGAACAGUUCUGGGUGACUUGUACAUUUGGCAUCAUGAGCAGCAUCAAGAGAGAGACUCUGUCAGGGAAUUGUUCUCAGGAACCACUCAAAAUGGGGAAAUUGUGGCCAUGUCUUGGCUCAAGCAACGGCCAUCCUUGCAGGAUGUGAAUCUCCUGACUUGCCACACGGAUGGUGUGGUGGAAUCCUGGAAAAUUCUGGCCAGCACGCAAGUGAUUCACGAGAAAACCUUCAGAAUCUCAGCCAAGGGACAAAAAUUCCCAGCCAUUGAUCAAACAUCCACUCUCAAGACAAUUGUCUCAAUUGACGAUCGGAGUGAAUUUGUGAUCGGAACUGAGGAUGGAAGAGUGAUUCUCUGCUCAGCUAAUCAACUGUCAACCAUCCGAGGAGCGAAGAAUGUCUACGAUCCCGUCCUGGCAGACUUGGAAGCCCAUCAAUUCCCAGUGACUUCGCUGCAAAUGGUUUCUCACGGAGGACGACAACUGCUCGCGAGUUGUGACUUGACUGGAGAGGUCUUCUUUCAUGACAUCACAGGAUCAACAUCAGCAGAUCCUGUGGUCAUCCUCAAGAUGCCUCUUCCCUUCAAGAACACCAUUGCAAUUGGCAAGAAUCUUCAGUUCAUCGUGAGUCCCGGAGAGUUUGGUAGUCUGGAGAUUUUCACAGCAUCUUCCGGACUAAAGUCCUCAAUCGAUGGCAAUCUGAGAGGAAAAGGCAACGUUUUGGCCAUCAGCAACAACAGGUGA